GAUCCCAUACCUGAUCUUUAAUACAAGAUUGUAUACUUUUAAGUCAGAACUUAACUCCUCUCUGUCAAGAAAAGGGAAGAUUGUCAGAUAUGAUCUGUUAGGCUGGUAGUUCUCAGUUCACUCAGACAUACUCUUUCUCAGACUCUUGAACUUGCCCUCAGCUCCCCACACCUUGGAGUCCCUUUCACCCUCCUUGCUCAGGUGCUUCCUUACACUCCUUUCUUCAGAAAGCAGGCAUCCUCCACUUGCUUCAUGCCUUGGCCCUCCUCUGCUCUCCACCUAGCCAAACUGGUUUGAGUUGGCCAUGCCCCUUCCCAGCUCCCUGGGCUCUUCACAUGGUGGCUGGCCCCACAACUCUACCUUGGCUUGGCUUGGAGCCAUGAGUCAGCUUCAUCUCCACCCAAGCCAAAUCAAACCUGAGGCAGGAGCCGAAACUCACAGUCCCUCAAAGCCUAUAGCCAGGUAAGAACCUGUUUGUGUUUAUAGUUUCUGACCUAACUCCCUGGGCCCUCUUGGGCUCUUCUCAUUGGCUGACAACUUCAGUUCUUGCCUCAACUUGCACUGCAGCUUUGCUACACGUCCUUUUGUGCUCUCGUCUCUCAUUUUGUGCAGUCUCUUUACUUGUGCUUGGCGAACCACAGGUGGUUUCACUUUGUCUAAGCCGUAGGAGAAUGAUUGGGCAUGAGAGUGGAAAGGUAUUGUGAUGAGCAUGGAGGGCCUGAGAAGGAGUAAGAGAAAGGCACUAUGCAGGGGUCUGUGGGCAAUGAGACCAAUUUGGACUCUGGCACAGUCUGAUUUAUCUUACGCGGCAUGGGUUAAAAUGAAGAGAGAAGGUGACAGGAAGGCAUCAUUACAGAGCUAUGUUCAGCGUUUGGGUUUUGUUUUUUUAUUUUCUGUUAUGUUUUUGUUUUGAGACAGGAUCUCUUAUAUCCUCAAACUCCAAGGUAGCAAUGCUAGUCUUGAACUCUUGAUCUUUCUGCUUCCACCUGUCCAAGUCGAGAUUAGAGAUGUCUGCCACUACUCUUGGGUCAGAUGUUUGUUUUAAAUUUUUUGGUUUUUUUGUUUUUACUUUUUAUAAACAGCAAGAAAAGAAAAUAUCUUAACUGUGUGAUUUUUUUUUCCUUUCCUUCCUCCCAGAACUAUUUUCAUGCUGGGUGUGGUGGCGCACGCCUUUAAUCCCAGCACUACCACUCUGGAGGUAGAGCCAGGUGAAUCUCUGAGUCCUAGGCAGCCUGGUCUACAUAGUGAGUUCCAGAACAGUCAGAACUAUAUAGAGAAACCCUGUUCAAAAAAGAAUUAUCCUAGCACAAGGGAACAAAGGCAGGCGAUCUCUGUAUUUGAGGCAGCCUUGUCUACAUACUGAGUUCCAGGCCAACCAGGGAGAGCUAAACGGUGAGACCCUGCCUCAAAACAAAACAAGGCACCUUCUUAAAAGGUUUUGAAAUUUUAUAUCCUGCUUCUCAAUAUGCAUGUCAGUUUGCUUCUUUGUGCUUAUCAAACGAGUAUAUUCACAUAUUUGCCUUCAGAGACCUAGACUCUACAGUGAAGGAAAGCAGCCCACCCACGUAUUUAUUAGUUUCCUGCCUUGAGUCAUUGGAGGAAUUUCCCAGUACAACAGCAUUCCUAAGUAUAGGGGUAGGACAGUAGACAGCAUGGUUUGAGAAGGGUGGAGUCACCACGCCAGAACAAGAGCUCAUUUGUUGGGCUUAAAAAUACCUUGACUAUCGCCCACAGGUGAUGGAGGACGAGGAGAAUGCAGCGGAGAGCUUGAUGAGCAACAUGGAAGCUGCUCAUUCUCCAUCCCCUAUCCACUGCUGCUGGCUCCGCCUCCGAUACUUGGCAGCUACUAGCAUUAUCUGUGGCUGUUCUUGCCUGGGAGUCAUGGCUCUUGUGUUUGCUGUCAAGGCAGAAGAGCGGCAUAAGGCAGGCCAGUCGGAGGAGGCCAUAUACUGGGGGGCCCGGGCCCGGAGACUCAUUCUGGUCAGUUUUGCUGUCUGGUUUGCUGUCCUUGUUCUGGGUCCCCUGCUGCUGUGGCUUCUCUCCUACACCAUUGCGCAGGCUGAGUAAUCCUGGAUGGCCUUUGCUGAGAGCCAGUCAAGACCUGGAUCCAGUCCAACAGUGUGGCAGUGCUCGGUUCUGGUGACAGGAGUGGUUCGUGGUUCUUCCUGUCUGGAAGGACAUUGCCUUUCUCGGGAGCCAUUGGAAGAGCCCAUCUAGGCUACUCAAAGCACCUGAGACUUCACGGGGAGGUCAGCCUGCUCUGUUCUUUCAUUACCCUCUGCUUUAUCUCUCCUGCCCCUCCAUCCUAGGAGCCUCCAUUCAGAGAAAGGGUUGAAAACCAGGCUUGAUUUUGUUAGAAUUUGUUUUGUAAUAAAAAUCUUUUUUGGUGGUGAAA